CAUGAGGCGCCUGUCACAGCUGCUGUUGCUCGCCCUGCUCGUCUUCCCCGCCGCCCUGCUGCUCGGCGGCGCCCGCGGCGGCCCAGGUUCAGGUUUAUUAGUUGCAGCUCAAGAUGCCACAGAAGAUGAGGAAGCUGUGGAAGAUACCAUAGUUGAAGAUGAAGAUGAUGAAGCUGAAGUUGAAGAAGAUGAACCAACAGACUUGACAGAAGAAAAAGAGGAAGAAGACUUAUCAGGAGAACCUAAAGCCUCACCUAGUGCUGAUACAACCAUCUUAUUUGUGAAAGGUGAAGACUUCCCAGCAAACAACAUCGUAAAAUUUCUGGUGGGCUUCACCAAUAAGGGUACAGAGGAUUUCAUUGUCGAAUCUCUCGAUGCUUCUUUCCGGUAUCCUCAAGACUACCAGUUUUAUAUCCAGAACUUCACAGCUCUCCCUCUGAAUACAGUAGUUCCACCACAGAGACAAGCCACAUUUGAGUACUCUUUCAUCCCUGCUGAGCCUAUGGGUGGUCGUCCUUUCGGACUAGUUAUCAAUCUCAAUUACAGAGAUGUAAAUGGCAAUGUGUUUCAAGAUGCUGUCUUCAAUCAAACUGUUACAAUUAUCGAAAAAGAAGAUGGGCUGGAUGGAGAAACGAUCUUCAUGUACAUGUUCCUCGCUGGACUUGGUCUACUUGUCAUUGUUGGCCUACAUCAGUUGCUAGAAUCUAGGAAGAGGAAAAGACCAGUACAGAAAGUAGAGAUGGGAACAUCAAAUCAGAAUGAUGUUGAUAUGAGCUGGAUUCCCCAAGAAACUUUAAAUCAAAUAAAUAAAGCUUCACCAAGGAGGUUGCCCUACAAGAGGGCACAGAAGAGAUCAGCGGGCUCUGAUGAGUAAAUGUUAACUAGUACAACAGUUGAACCUUUACUAAUCCUGCCUGUUCGCGUUUUUUGGAUUGGAGUAGUGCAGAGAAUCCAUAUCACCAUAAGGAAAAUACUGCUAAACAUUUGGACUGAACAGAUUAACUGAAUGGUGUUAAUAUUACUGAAAAUGCACUUCUCUUUUUUGUUAAUUGUUGGGGGGGUGGGGGGAGGUAGCCAUUAAGAUUUGUGCCUGCGUGUGUAAGCAGUUGGUCUUAACAGAACCACGUUACCUGAAAUGUGCCUUUAGAGUUCUUUGUAAUGCUGGCUUGUCAUCUGUACCCUGUCUUUGAAGGAUUUUUCUCCUUUCCCUAAUCUGAAUGUCUAGUGACUUAAUCUGUCUUGAUUGUAUCAUGUCUGUAUCAGAAUCUGUAUGCAUUUUUCUUUUUGGGUAAGUAACUGUAUUCUCUACAGGGUGCACACACUGAAUUUUGUGUGUGUGGUCCUAUUUCAGUGGCAAGGCACUGAUCAUCUAGAUUUCUGCAUCGUUUGCAUUCUAAAGGCACAAUUGGGUAUAGCCGCUCAUAGCAGUAGAUAUUUUGCUGCUGUUUUGAUCUGGGCAUGCAGUGACCUAAAAAUCUGAACUUACCUGCAUAGAUAUUAGGAAGACUCUUACACAGCAGCAGAAUUUGUGAAGCAUGGAAUUUGUGUGCUGAAUUGGUAUUACUACAUAAAUUUUUUUAUACCCAACUUGUUAAAUGGUUAGUUAUUGAGUUGUGCCAGCAGCUUAGGUAUUCUGAUUGUAGUGGUAGCUCUGCAAUGUUUACUCAAGAAAUUGAAUAAGCCAGAACAACUUUUUAGUAAGUUCUUGGUUCUCUCAAAAACUAGAAUGUCAUAUGUAUAAAAAUGUGGACUUUUCUUAAAGCUUUACAUGGGGCGGACUUUGCAUUUACUGUACACACUUGAAUUUGAAAAACUGUUGGCUUCAAAUAAUCCUUUUAAAUGGCAAACUAUUUAAUUCACCCUUUGCAGGUUUUUAAAUCUCAAACUUAUUUCCACUGGUCAGUACAUUGGUCUGAGUUAUUUUUUAUCACCUUGUCUGUCUUACUAGUAACACAGGUGCAUAUCCAUUAUUAACUACAUGUUAGUUCAGUACUAAAGCAGAAAAGCUAUAUGCAGUCAAAAUGGGAUCUUCUUUUGUGGCAGGCACAGCUUACAUGAUUACCAGGUGCUGAGGUAUUGUUCCACAUCCAUUGCAUUCAGGAAUUUAACUGACAGUAAAAAGAGCAGAUGAUACAGAGUGUCAGUUUGCUGCCAUUCAGGCACUUGGCCAAGGCUUGAAUUGUUUGCAUCUCAACUGCAUCUCUUCCUGUGUCUGAAGGUUAUCUGGAAGCUUGUUGAGUCCAGAAUAGGCAUUGAUUUGAGACCUUUGUUUUCUUCUUUUCCUCCCCUUCCUGAUCCCCACAUGUGAAAGUGCUCUUUCACAUCUACACUUGCUCUGCAGGGAUUGAGCAUCUGAGCCAACGAAUGCUGAGCAAUACUUGCAAAUCAUGUCAUAGCGUGUUUGAAGCAUCUAAGCUCUGAAACUACCUGUACUGGCACUAUUUUACUAUAUACUUUGCCAGAAUGAACUGUGAAAGUGUUCUUGACUCAUCCUGCUGUGGAAAAGAUAAGAAUAGGAAAAGCAACCCCAAAGAUGCUUUAUUCAACUUCCUGGUAAUACAGCUAGCCUAGGCAGAAUAUUUUUAAUAGUUAAGAUUGCCAAAUUGUCAUACAGACCACUUAGCAAACAGUUGAAUGUUACCUCUUACAAAGGGAUCUCCACUCAAAUUGUGUGGAAUGACUUUGUUUGCCUUUAGUGAUGUAAUAUGACUGGUUCUGUGGUAGGUUUAUGGGCUUAUAUUCAAACUUGCAUUCAUUCAACAAAGUGUUUCUCUAUCAAAUGCUUUGUAUACUAAAGCCCUAUAGAAGUUCAGCACAUCAGGUGCUCCAAUAGCUAAGUUCCUUCUCUUGGAUUAUGUCUCUAACCUGAAAUCAUGAGAUUUUUUUUUCCACCUUCUGGUAAUAACUAAUCUUAAACUGUAUACUCCAGUUCUUCCCAAGAUAGGAAAGUACUCUUUUGAGGGGGUGAUAAUGAGAGCUGCUCUAGAUACAGUGGUACUCCAGGAAAAAGACAAAGGAUCAGAAGAGGAGAUGCUAAUUUGCAAUAUCCUAGUUUUAUUUGUUCAGAUAAAUAGUUUAGCCCUUACUGAUUGAGUUUUGGAGCAGGUUAAACCUUUACAAAUCUUACACUGACCAGGACUUGAGAAGCUGAAGAUCUGAAGCACUGUACAAAUAAGUACUUGAAGGUUUUGGCUUUCUUCUGUGCACUCAGUGGUUAACAUCCAAAUGCUUAAGUUUUAAGCAUGAUAGAAGAGAGGAGACAGUUUAGCAAAUUGCAUAGGAACUAGCAAUGGGGAAGUCCAGUUGUACCAAGGCUGUCUUCUGAUCAUACCACCUGGCAUUCACUGUGGAUGGUUCAUAGUAACUUUUUUCAGCCAGAAGCAGUUCAUAAGAACAAUGGCCAGCAGUCUGGUACUGCUCAUGACAAGUAACAGUUUUAAAUUCCUUGUUCCAUGUUAGCUUACUGUAGUUGAAAUUUAGCAAUAACAUUCUAAUGUGUAGUGGUAAUUGAACUUUGAUAUCUCUUACAUUAUUUCUAGUAAAGAAGCCAGUCUACUACACUUGGAUUUCUUCAAAUGGAGAACAUAGUUGUUGCUUUAUCCUGUUGGUUAACAACUUUUGUUUUGGUACUUGAAUUUUCUACUCAAUUUUUAAAUGCAUACAGAUAGCUUUGUAUCACAGGUGUGUUCCUGGAUAUCAUUAUCAGCUGAGUAGGGUGUAGUUUCAUUGACUUUUAAGAUGGAAGAAGUAGCAAUUCUGCCUGUCUCUAUGCCAACCCUUUCCAUGUGGUAGCACAAGGAUUUGUAUAAUCUAGCAUUUCUUUCAGCAAGCUUACUACACUACCACACAACUACUCACAUGAGGUUAUGAGAAGAGCAAGGACUGAAAGCAGAUGUGGACUAGGGUUUCUUCCCUAUUAGUAAGAGAUGCUAAAAUGGUUUUAGACUGCAAAAGAACUGUGGUGUUAGUGUGAAGGACCACUAUUAAUUCCUUUCUCACAGCUCCUUAACUAAUUCAAAAAAUCGUGAAGACUUAAUGAGUCUAUACUUGAGGUAAGAAAAACUGCUUUAGAGUUUGUCUACAAUGGUAGCAAAGCAUUAAUUUAGCUAUACUUGAAUUGCAUUUGAUAGUUGUAGCCCUCUGUAUGCUGUCUUUGUGACAGCAGUUCAUUUUUUUCCCCAUAUUACUUAAUCUGAGAAAGAAGAGUGGCUGCUGUCAGACUAAAGAUGAAGUAUCAUCUUUAUUCUUCAUGUACAAAAUAAUUAAAUUCUGGGCUGUGGAGAUGAAUGGAGCAGAUUAGUGAUGACAGUGCUUCUGCUUGUUUCAAAACAGUUAUGCUUGGGAAUGGAUAUAAUUAAAAGCACCAUUCACUGUUUAUUCACAAAAUGUUGUGGUUGAAAGCUCUGAAUUUAGGGAAGCAGGAGGAAAGUCAAAUACUAAUACAGGUUGGUUGUCCUGUUUUUCAGUGCACCUGAUGUACUGAGCAGCAGUUAAGAGUCUGUUCUCUUUUUCUUCAAAGGAAGGACAGUACCUACCUCAUAAGUGCGACACAAGGGCUGUUUCAGGAGUGUUUUGAAGUUACUUGAGACUUGCACAAUACAAUUCCAUGGAGGUAGUAAGACAUAGCACUAGUGUAACUUGAUGGCAGUGACAUAGAUACAUGUUAUACCAGUUUAAUCCCCUCACUGAACAGAAUUUAGCAGCUUUACACUAAGACUUUUCUUGAAUACAAAGAGGAAUUGCAGUUAACUUAGAGGAGAGCAAAGCCAGAAAGAUCUUUCAGUUUCUGCAAGAGUUUAUGGUGGCCUGAAUAAACAUUCUUCUAACAUCUUUCCAUUUAUCUCUAAAUUUCCCAGGGAUUUUUUUAAUCAAGUGAUACAGAUGAUUGUUUGUGUAGAUAUAAUCAACAGUCAGUUUAAGAAUGACUGAUUGUUUUGGAUGAUUAAGUUCAGAUGAUGUACUGCAACUGAAAUGUUAAUUUAACAUUUACUUUCUUACCUGCUGACUUUCAUUUAUAAGUGAGAUCAGAUCUCUUGAAAAUGGCUGCAGGUUUUUUGUAAAGUAAACUUGAUUUUUUUGCCUUAGCAUUGUGUAGCUUUUUUUAAAUAAAA